UAGAACGGACAGUAGAACUCAGGUCACAGACCAUAGCAGACUAUGAAGGUGUCUGUUGUUUGAACAAGGACUCAAACAAUUUAUUGGAUUUGUGUUUGAUAUUUACUGCUCGAAGCAAAUCGGUUUAUUUCUCCUUUUGUUAAUGUUUAUAUCUCUUGACGCGAUCAAUUAAUGUUUAAAAUUAAAACGCAGUGCAAGAAUAAAACUAAUAUUUGGAACAAAUACAUGUUUUGUAAAGUCGAGUGUGCAGAUUCCAGGGUCAGUGUUUUAUUAAAAAGUGGUGUAUUUAUCGCUUUUUAGCGAUGUGUGAUGUUAUAAAAUUGAUUUGAUGGUGUUUUUAAAAAAUUCAUGGUGUUUUCUAAGUUUUUAGUGUUGUUUGGAAAGUAUAUCGUGAAUCAUAGGUUCCACAACAGAGCAGACGGAUUCUACCAUGGUCGUAAAACGUUCUGCAGAGAGUACGGAGUCUCCAAUAUUAGAGGAGGCCGGUGAGAGUGGUUCAGAACAGAAGCCAAAGCCUCCAAUCAAAUAUGGGGAACUUGUCAUACUCGGAUACAACGGCUUCCUACCUGCCGGCGAACGCGGACGGCGCAGAAGCAAAUUCGUAUUAUACAGAAGGCCGCAGCCAAAUGGUGUGCGAAGGUCAAAGCACUAUGUGGUUAAGACGCCACACAGCAGUAAAGCAAUUCUUGACGCGAGCCAGCACUCCAUAUCGUACACGUUGAGCCGCAGUCAUGCAGUCAUUGUGGAAUACACAGAGGACCUGGAAACGGAUAUGUUUCAGAUUGGCCGGUCGUCAGAGUCUCCGAUUGACUUUGUCGUCAUGGACACAGUAGCUGGCGAUAAGACAGGUGAUACAAAAGUAUUGCAGAGCACCAUAUCACGCUUCGCGUGUCGCAUCAUAGCAGACCGCGAAGAUGUGAACAAUUGUCGCAUUUUUGCCGCCGGUUUCGACUCGUCAAGAAAUAUCUUCCUUGGGGAGAAAGCUACAAAAUGGUCGGAGAAUCACGAAAUAGAUGGUUUGACGACGAAUGGCGUGCUUAUAAUGCACCCCAGGGGUGAUUUCUGUGGGGGUAGCGCCACCUGUGGCCCAUGGCGUGAAACUUCAGUCGGCGGAGCUGUCUUUUCCCUUAGGGAGAGCCGAUCUGCUCAGCAAAAGGGACUACCAUGUCAGGAGGAAACAAAUGUACUGCGGGAUGGGACUAUGAUUGACUUAUGCGGUGCAACUCUUUUGUGGAGAAGCGCUGAAGGACUGAAAAACUCACCGACAAAACGCGAUCUAGAGGCACUUGUGGAUGAACUAAAUGCGGGUAGGCCACAAUGUCCCGUGGGUCUGAAUACACUGGUCAUACCGAGGAAACUGUCUACUGCUCAUCAAGACCUGAACCAGCCCUAUGUAUACCUCAAUUGUGGACAUGUUCAAGGCGAGCACUCUUGGGGUGCGGAAGGUAGCGAGACGGGCGUGCGUCGUUGCCCUAUGUGCCUAACAGCUGGAUCCGUAGUGCGUGUUUGCAUGGGAAUCGAACCCGCCUUUUACGUUGACUCCGGUCCGCCCACCUAUGCGUUCAACCCCUGCGGACACAUGGCCUCGGAAAGGACAGUCAAAUAUUGGGCAACAGUGGAUAUUCCGCACGGAACAAACGGAUUUCACGCGAUUUGUCCGUUUUGCGCAGCACCGUUACAGGGCACACCCGGUUAUGUGAGACUCAUCUUUCAGGACAAUCUUGACUGAAUAUCCGAACGAAUGGUUUGCUAGUAUCAGGUAACCGAAGACAAGGAACACGAAAUUUUUAUGCAUUAGUUAUGACUACCCUCCGUUUCAUGAGGGUACUUUCAUGACUCACCAAAUCAUAUGGAAUCUCAUUUUAUUCCCAUAAAGGAUGCUUUUGGUUACGUAGAAAAAUAUAGUACAAACAUUACUUGCCUUGUAUUAAUAUGUUUUUCGAUGGUUUUAAGCAAUAGUAUUAAUACUAAAGGCAUCCGAUUAUUAUUGGAAAUAAUAUAUCAUCAGCAAUAAUUAAUUGUAGUUGAUCAAAUGAUUAAUAAAAAAAAAACUUGGUGAUCUAGUGGCGGUGGAUUCAAUAAUAAAAGUAAAAAUUAGACUGGCAACUUUUUCAGUAAGAAACUGAGGCAAGACUAAGUUUUAGCGCGAACUAUCAUUAUGACCGUAUGUUAGUAUAUUUUCCAUGUACGGGGUCUAUAAACAGUCUUGUUUCUGAUUCUCUGAGCUUUAAGUUAGACUCUCGUAUGGCUAAAACGUAUGCAAUGUUGACUUACGGAAGUCAAACUUAGGCUUCUUGUGUUGCUACAUUUAAGUUUGUUGCCAAACUUUGAAAAAUACCAAUAUCAAGUGCAACACUGAACUUUGACAAUUGACUUGUGUCAAUUAUUCCUUUUGAACCACACGCCAUCUGACAUUUAAAUUAUUGUAAUCAAAAACAACUUUCAAGUAAUAAAAAUAGCUCCUUAAAACAAUUUAAUUUGUGGAAUGCUACUCAAGGGUUCUCCACAUGGAAGAGCUACAAUCUGAACAGAUAAAGGCAUGAUCACCGACUUAGAGAUUUUCAGCAAAAAAACUUUUUCAGUAAAUUAAAGUCUUAGUCAUAUCUGAAAUGCCUGCAGUGUUUUUGAUUAUUGAAGAUUUAUUUCUUGGAAUAUAUUUUGAUUACCUCCAUUAAAGUUUCUGCAUAAAUAGUCUCAUAUAAUAUCGAAUUGUUUCAUAUAAAUUCAAGUGUUCGUGUAUUUAAAUGUAAGAUAAGCUUUGUAAAUCGCUCUCGAAAUGAAUUAUAACAAUUUCUGCAGAUUAUUUUGCUAUAUGCGAAUAAAUAUGUGUAAAUAUAAGUUUAAUUUAUGUUUUUGUGUGGCUUAAUAUAAGACGUAUUAGUGGACCGAGCUGAAUAUAAAUUUCAAUACACAGCUGAAAUUAUCACUUUACAUGUCUGAAAAACCAGUACAAUUUAAUAUGGAUAAUUCAUUAACAUAGAUAAAAACGACAUAUUGACAGUUCAGACGCCAUCUUAGUUUAUACAAAGAUGGCGCCGUAACCAUGGUGACAUAUUUUCUCACUCAUUUUUGAAGGUAAUAAACUUAAAAACCACUAAUAAAUUGUGAGUGAAUGUGCGAUUUUUGUUUAUGUUUUGCACUAUUUUAAAUUUUUUUCAAGCACAGGUUUUAAAAUUACGAACGAAUAUUUACGGGAGACCCAAAUUUAUUUUCGUGUAUGGAUCUCAUCUCCCAAGUUGAAACAGCGAUAUAUUCACAUAGUUAAUGAAAUUGUAAAAAUUAAAUAAGUUAGUUGUAGAUUAGCUUACAUUUGAAAAUUAGUUUUUGUACAAUUUAAACUAGUUUAGAUGUUUUGAUUUCAGAUGUUGGGUAUAUUGUAUAUCGGGCUUUAUUUCGUGUUUCAAGUCUGCUAUUAUAGGUAUCAUUACUAGAGCAAACAGUGAGACAAUAUUUUAAGUAGAUCAGAGCUUUAACAGUGUUGCUACUACAUCUUAUAAAUGUGGCAACACUGUAGACUCCGUUCUUAAUAUAACAAUAAUAUGUUAAAGCAAAAGUGAUAACAUUAUAGCUUAGUAUUUUGGCCUUUCCUGCAGUAGGUUAUUCAUAAAAUCUACCUUCAAUUUAGUGUUCAUUUAGAUUUUAAUGAUUUUUGUUUACGCUUGUGUUUUGUAAUGGAUGUUUGUUUAGCACUACACAUGGUUACGUCAAACACACGAACUAGGUUAAAAAUGCUGUUUUUAUGCAGAAUAAUAUUUGCAAAAGGUAACAUUCAUAAACACUACGAUCAGCAUUUUUAGUUUUAGUUCGAUGAACUAAUGAUUCAAUGUAUUGAUGGUGACACUAACAUUAGUCGUAAAUAAGAACUGAAUGCUAGCCUUAAUAUUAUUUAUGAUAAGUGCUAAGUCAAUAAAACACUCUUUUGAGUUAGAAAAUUU